UUAUUUUGGUUGUUCCCGCUUCAAUUUAAAAAUGUCAGUUAAAGUUAUCUUUACAUCUUUUUAAUGGGAUUUGUUUGCAUCUUAUUUAAUUAUUUAAUUAUUGUGUUUUUAGUUUAAAAUGUGUGAAGCCAUCAAAACUCUUCAAUCACUGCCUGAAUUAACUCUUAAAAAGAAUGAGCUUCAAAACCAAUACAACAAUAUAACGAAGGACUGUUACUCGUUGCUUUGUGAUUAUCUCGGGAUAGAGAAUGAUGGAGAAAAUCCUGAACAGAAAAUUGCAAAUGAAAUUGAAAAAUACAAAGAGUUGACAGCCGCUACAAAAGCUGAGAUUGUUAAAAUAGAGAAAGAGAAAGUCAAAGCUAAGGCGAAAUUUCUUGCCACGAAAGAAAAAUCGGCCGAAUUUGAAAGCUUGGUCGCCAAUACUGAAGGUGCAGUUGAUGCUCAAUCCAAAUUAAAUUUUAAAGAGUUCAGUAGACGAAUGGCAGCGACUUAUAAAACUGGUGAAAACAGCAAAGCUUAUUUAGUAUAUUUCAAAACUGGAAUUGAAGACCAAGCAAGAGGCAUCAAGAUUGACGAUCCAACUAAAACUAAAGAACAGAAGAUGGCCGAAUUUUGGAAAUUGUUUGAAUACAUCGAUAAACAAAAUACAAAUGUUAAGAUAAUACCUAACUAAUCAAUAAAUAAAUAACAGAUUUAUGCUAAUUUAUGAUACCUCUGGUUUCAAAGCUUUUAAAUGUUAAUUACCUAAACGUUAACUACCAAAAUCGGUGACUCAUAAGUAAAUAUGUUCCCUUGUUAGGUCCUAAGUGAAAACUUGACUACUUUGAAAGUACUUGUCUCAUGUUAUUGUUAGGAUUAACGUUUACAUUUUCAAGUGGAUUUCUCAUUUAUGUGGUAUCCAUUUUCUCAAUUAAAUCUUUGAUUCAUUA